CAUCAACCAACAACUAUGAUAAAAUAAUGGAAACAAAUCGAAAAGCUAAUAAAAUUGCUUCAAGUGGCAGUCAAUUUCCCGCAGCAACUUUUCCUGAAACCUUUAAAGAUUUUUUUUCAAUGAUUAAUGAAGAUGAGGACCAAGUUGAACUUGUCUCUAAUGUACUGGAAGAUAAGGUCAUUCCAAGAUAUAAUGUGAGGGGACGGAAUCGUUCAUCAAGCGCCAAAUAUAGCAACACGACAUCACUUCUUCCAUCAGCAGGUGUCGCUGUUCGGUCGAACUCCUUCCGCGUCAACCGCACAACACCAAAGCACCAAAAUGUUUUUGGCAGCACGGCUGAUAACGACGCGUUAGAUAGAUCGAGUAGAAAUCAUGAUUUUUCCGAUGGACGCUUCGUUAGUCUAGGAUCGCAAUUAAAAUUCAAUGAACUCAACACCAACAAUUACAGUAACUUUAGUGAUGAUGAGAAAUCGAUGAAAUUUAAUAGAAAAUUCUCAGCAGAUGCAAACAUUCACCCCGUCACGAGUAGCGUUCACAAUAAAUCACAACAGCCAAAUUAUGACGGUUUUGAGAAUCGCAAAUGUAAUUGCGGUAAGUUUU